ACCAGCCCGCUCCACCACCACAACAGCUGGGGCAGGAUUUCCGACCCAGGCACAGUGGAGAUCGUGGCAGCUACAAGAGUCGAGAGAUCGCGUCCACUCGGGAAAAAAAACUGACAAGAAAAACAGCCUCGUAACUCCUGCUGUAUCUGUUUUUAUUUACCCCUUUCCCAACAAAAACUCCAGCAGAGAGCUGUAUGAGGAGCAGAGUGGGGAAAGGGUGGCAACCAGCGACGGACGGAAGAGGACGCACCACAGCCAGGGCGCACAGUGUUGUGUUUGUUGGAAACAUGCGUGCCAGCGAAAACUAGAGCUACCCAGACGUAAGGAAUUGGUGGAGAUAAGGAGACACCGCUGUUAGUGGGGCUUUAUUUUUUUUUCUUGUUGAUAAUCCCACCGAGGAGAUCCGAGGGGUUUCCUGUAUUGCUCCUGGGAUUUUCUCCUUCUUUGCUCUGAGGGAAUGCGAGGGGAGGAAAUCCAGCCUCAGCUCCAAAUAACCAGAGACUCCUAACUGGGUCUCCUCUCCAAACGCAGGAAAUACGGCCUGGGGGGGAAAAAAAGUUUGGGAGCGUUUGGAAACGAGAAGGGGGGCCUAUUGGUGACGCUCUGCACGCGUUUUACGAACUGAUUUUGAACUAUUUUUUCACUCUCUUUGGCAUAAAGCCCUUCUCCUGUUCCCCCAGAAAAAAAAGACUGGAGAAACGCCUUCAGAUGUUAUCACGCCGUCGGUGUUGUUAUUUGCAAGGAGUUUUGAUCAUCACUAUUUAUAGACCAGCCUGUUACGACCGAGGCUGUUCCUCAUAGCUGUAUGUUUUGCCAACUGCGCGCAACAAGUUGCAGACACUCCCAGCAGAGGCAAUCCUACGUUAAUUUGGGUCAGCGGAUAGUAUUUUCUGCUCUUCUCCCCUCUGAUCAUGCGUCUUUGAACACAGCACACCCCUCCCCGAGCCCCUCUUUGGAAGCCAGACGGGGGAAUAAACGGUGGAGAUCCGGAGAGGGAGUUCAGGAAAGGACGGGGCUGGAUCCGUGGGAAUAGGCCUGUCUGUCAGGCCUCUUAUGAUCUGGGUCUUGGACUGGACAGGGCUCCAAAAUAACUCAUUCUGGAAUAUUUUUGCAAGGGCCCGCUGGAGGAAAGAUGGAAGGAAGAAUGUAUGGGAAUAAGAAAUGCAAAUCCUCACUGAGCCAUGCAUGAGAAUGCAUGUAGUGGAAGGUAAAGCUGCCUUAAUUACAGAUCACCCACUUUUUUAAUCACCCAUGUUUUUGGGCUGCUGUUGUGUUUUUUUUAAUGCAAAACAUACAAUUUUCUUUUCAUCCAAAUUACUUUUUAAGGUAGAUAAUUCGCUGCUUUUGGUGCUUCAUAAUUACGCAAUUCAUUAUGUCCACAUAUUUUCUCUUGUGGCACCACUAGCCGUUCACAUUGACAAGAUUUUUUUUAAUAGAUAAAGGAAAAGGAUGUGAAAAUGGACCAUUUGUUGCGCCUGUUAUGGAGAUAAGAAAGACAGAGUAACUUUUCUAGCCAGUCGCUGUGCACAACGCCAACUGUUGACAGCCUGCAUCUGUAUCUACGUUAUUAGGGAUAAAUUCAGACAUUUUUUUCUUUUCUAAGACAGUAUCUGACUCACUAAAUGUAAUGUCAGCAGUAUCAAAAUAUUGCGCACACCAAGAGGACGUAAUUUCCAGUCAUGCAACGUCAGGGCUGACCUGAUGAAGGCAUGAAAAAAAAAAUAACCCGUUGCAUCACUAACCAGUCCUUUUCCGAGAAGGAUGUUCGAUUCGGGAGGCAGAAAGAGUGAUGACAGUGUAUUUUACCGCAGCUGGAGAGAAAGCCGGGCUCAUACCCAGAGCCUCUUUGGAGAGGGAUACAUGUAAUGUGAGUACUGACGCAAACCCGGGGUCGGAUAAUGGACUGCUCAAGAAUCUGGAACGGCGCGUCUUGUGUGAGUGAGUGCGCAGGCUGCUGUGUGCGUAGCAAAUACGUCUGUGCCGUGCUCACCAUUCAUGCAGUGUGAUUAUUCCAACAAACACCUUUUGCUCUCUCUCUCUCCGUCUCUGUUCUGCCUGCUCGUCCCUCCGUCACCGCCCUCCCUCCCUCCGUGCCACAUGUGCACACACACGGCGCCCACGCACCUCGUCUGAUUGCCUGAGCGCCAUCAGAAGAUAUUCUUAACAUUUAACACCUCUCUCGUCCCUCCCCCCGCCAAUCAACAUGGCCACUCUACAACAUCACCGGCAGGUUCUUAUGCACGGCACGGAAGUGAGCUGCGACUCCAGCGGGGAUGGCGCCAUCACCGUGCGGAUUACCAACAGCGCGCCACACGUGCGUCAACAUGAGCCGCUGAGGGCUGCCAACAGUGGAGCAGCAGGUGGAGGAGGUGGAGGGGCCGUGAAUAAAGUGAACCCUAACCUCCACAAAUACAGCAUCUCAUCCAGCUGCAGCUCAGCAGACUCCAGACCGGCUGUGACCUCUGCCUUGAGGGUGCACAAGAAGGCGCCACCGCUGUUUGAGCGCUCUGCAGCCCAGUGCUGGGACCCAAAGUUUGACUCCCCCAUCCUGGAGGAGGCCUGCCAAGAGAGGUGCUUUCCUCAGACGCAGCGGCGGUUCCGGUAUGUCCUCUUCUACCUGGCAGUGGCAGCUGUACUCUGGGGGGUGUACUUUGGGGUCAACAGUGAUCGCUGCAGCCCUGUGGCCUUCCUGGCCCCCACGGCCUCCUUUUUGGUCUUACUUGUGCUCCUCUUUUUGUUCACUUUCACCCACUCAUACACGUGGCUCUACAACCAAACCUCCCUGCUCCUCAUAGCGGUUACCUUUGCCAUCACGUUGGCUCCACAGAUACAGACUGCUGGCUACACUGAGCUGGAGUGGGCUGGUGGUGGGAAUGCAUCAUAUCUAUCACCGAAUAACGUAGCACCACCUCCAACCCCUUGCAUCUCGCCAGUGGGAACCUUUUCCUUGUGCAUGGAGGUUCUGUUGUUGUUAUACAGUGUCCUCCAUGUCCGACUGUACGCCUCUGUUAUGCUGGGGCUCCUGUAUUCUAUAUUAUUUGAAGCAUUAGGGUGGCUACCGUUGCUUAAACGGAGUUAUGACACUACUGGACAUGCAUCAGGGUUAGUGGGUUCAGGUUCGGACUGGGAGCAAGACACGCUCCGCUGGCUGGGCCCAGCCAAAGCUCUGCUCCACUUGUGUGCCCACGUCAUUGGCAUCCACCUGUUCAUCAUGUCGGAGGUGCGUUCCCGCAGCACCUUCCUCAAAGUGGGCCAGGCUAUCAUGCACGGCAAAGACUUAGAGGUGGAAAAGGCCUUGAAGGAGCGUAUGAUCCACUCAGUGAUGCCGCGGCGAGUUGCAGACGAGCUGAUGAAGCAGGGUGAUGACGAAGGUGGUGGGGAGAACUCUGGUAAGCGAUAUUCCUCUGGUGCCUGCUCUGCCUCAGCCGUCUCCGUGGGUGGUGGAGGAAGUGGUGGAGCUUCCCAAGCCCAAAGCGUCACAAGCCCCAAGAAUAACCCUCACAACAAUCACAAACGCAAAAAGACCUCAAUCCCUCGAGGGCAGAUAAUAUUUAGACCUUUCAACAUGAAGCGCAUGGAGCCUGUCAGCAUCCUCUUUGCAGAUAUUGUGGGUUUCACCAAAAUGUCUGCCAAUAAGUCUGCACCGGCCUUGGUGGGCCUUCUGAAUGACCUGUUUGGACGUUUCGACCGGCUCUGUGAGCUAACCUGCUGUGAGAAGAUCAGCACUCUGGGAGAUUGCUACUACUGUGUAGCAGGCUGCCCCGAGCCCAGACCGGAUCACGCCUACUGCUGUGUGGAGAUGGGCCUAGGCAUGAUCCAGGCCAUCGAGCAGUUCUGCCAGGAGACCUGUGAGACUGUCAGCAUGCGUGUUGGUGUCCAUACAGGCACCGUCUUGUGUGGGAUCCUGGGAAUGAAGCGCUUCAAGUUUGAUGUGUGGUCAAAUGAUGUCAAUCUGGCUAACCUGAUGGAGCAGCUGGGUGUGGCGGGGAAGGUCCACCUGUCAGAAGCCACCGCCCGAUUCCUGGAUGACCGAUACCAGAGGGAGGACGGACGGGUGGCGGAGAGAGCCGGUCAGAGUGUGGUGGAGAAACUGAAGGGGCUAAAGACCUACCUGAUCUCAGGGAGGAAGCUGGAUCACGAUGUGCAGUGUGGCUGUUCUCAAGUUGGACUUCCGGGUGGGGAUUUUGUGGGCGUCAGCCAGUUCUCCUGCCCUCAGCCCCACACACCGGACCUCAUCCCUGGAGGGGCACAAGCUGCUGAACCCCUGCUGUCCCACCAACCACCGGACAGGACUGGGCCUCCCUGUGUCUUCCAAAGUGUGGUCUUGUCAUCGGUGGGAGAGCAGGGUGAUGAUGUGGCCGUGCUGAAUGGCUGCCAAGACGAACACAAGACCACCAGUGCCAAGUUCAUCCCAGGCCACAGCCCCCGAGCAGCCAACGGCCUCCUGAGUCCCCCGCUGGAGGACCCAGUUCGGGCCAGCCAGAGUUCACUGUGUGACAUGCUCCAGGAGAAAGAGAAGAAGACCAGCACAAGCACAGGAACUGGCACCAGUCUUGGCAUGGCUGGAGGCCCGGGUGCAACAGGUACAGGCAUGGAUCACUCCGCCCUGAUCCAACUGCGUGCCAAGAAUUUCAGACAGAAGAGCGACGCCCACUUUGUGGAUGUUAUCAGGGAGGACAGUCUGAUGAAGGACUACUUUUUCAAGCCACCCAUUAACAAGGUCAGCCUUAACUUUCUAGAGAGACCUCUGGAGAAGGCCUAUCGCACUAGCUACAAGGAGGAGGUGAAGAACCAGGUUCAGGUGCAGACAUUUGCGAGCUCCACCUUCAGCUCCUUCCUGGAUGUUCUCCUCAGCUGUUUUGUCUUCUUGGCACUGACUCUGGCCUGCUUCCUCCCACCUCUGGUGAGCCCGGCCACUGUGGGCUCUCCGGCUCCUGCUGCCCUGGCCCUGGCUCUCCUGGCUGGUCUGCUGGAGCUGGCCUCCCUGGUGCUCUCCAUACGCAUGGCCUUCUAUUUGGAGGAGGUGAUGAACUGCACUCGCUCCCUGCUCCUGGUGGUCUCUGGCUGGAUCUCUCGUCAUGUGAUUGGGGCCGUGUUGGUCUCCCUUCCUGCCAUCUCCGUCUUGUCCCAUCUCACUUGCAGCGUCCACUUGCCCCUCCAGGUGACCAUGUUCCUGUGCUGUGCCACCAUCCUGGCCAUCAUCCAGUACUGCAACUUCUGUCAGCUGAGUUUUUGGAUGCGCUCAGUCCUGGCCACUGCCACAGGAGUCGCUCUGCUGCUGUUGCUCUACAGUCCCUUGCACAGCUCCACUAUUAACAGCUUUCCAGUUCAUGGACUGAACGUCUCCACAUCAAAUGAUGGUUCCUCAGAAUCGGGGCCAGAUCCCCACCAGCGAAUUUUUGACCUUUUGGUCCCAGAGGCCAUCCUGGCUUUCUUCUUGCUUCUCCUCCUGGUCUGGUUCCUUAACCGUGAGUUUGAGGUCAGCUACCGUCUCCAUUACCAUGGCAACGUGGAGGCUGACAAGCACCGCUCCAAGAUACAGAUGAUGCGAGAUCAGGCCGAGUGGUUACUGGGCAACAUCAUCCCCAUCCAUGUCGCUGACCAGCUCAAGGUGACCCAGAGCUACUCCAAGAACCACGACAGUGUGGGUGUGAUCUUUGCCAGUAUUGUGAACUUCAGUGAGUUCUAUGAAGAAAGCUACGAGGGGGGAAAAGAGUGCUACCGUGUCCUGAAUGAGCUAAUUGGUGACUUUGAUGAGCUCCUUCGCAAACCUGAAUUUAAAAAUGUGGAAAAAAUCAAGACAAUCGGUGCAACCUACAUGGCAGCGUCGGGGCUGAACGUCCGACAGAUGGCUGAGAAUGACGAUGACUCUCCGCACGCUCACCUGAGGGCGCUUUUCAACUUCGCCCUCGAGAUGAUGGGCGUCCUGGAUGACUUCAACAAGAACAUGCUCGGCUUCGGGUUCAAGCUCCGAAUUGGAUUUAACCACGGGCCCCUGACAGCGGGGGUGAUCGGCACCACUAAGCUGCUCUAUGACAUCUGGGGAGACACAGUCAACAUUGCCAGUCGCAUGGACUCCACCGGUGUGGAGUGUCGGGUGCAGGUGAGCGAGGAGAGCCAUGCUGUGCUCAACGGCAUGGGGUUAGAGUUUGACUAUAGAGGUACAGUGAAUGUUAAGGGCAAAGGUCAAAUGAGGACCUUUCUGUACCCCAGAAGUGGGGAAGGUAUAAGCCAGGAUGGAAUGGAGCUGGCUGCUGGAGUUGGGCCCUCGUCUGUGGCAUCUGUUGCCCAGACAGUGACUUGUCCUCCCUCUUCUUCCACUCCUCCUCCCUCCUCCUCCUCACUUUCUACACUCCCUCCUCAACCCCAGAAUGCUGCAAGGCCUUCAGGAGCAGCGCCUGAGCCGGUCCCAGCUAAAUCCACAGAAGCGAAGGAGGAGAGCUAUAGGGACGCUGCACACCUCCCCACAGACAUUCACACCCUUCCCCUUUCUGAACUUGACCCACAACCCAGUGCUGCAAAAGUGCCCUCCGAGGUGCAGCCUGCUCCUCUCGCACUUCAAGAGGAGGAGGAGGAAGAAGAGGACCCCUGCGAGUUAACAAAACUCAAUGAAGAGUUUUACGCUCGUCUCUGAUCCCUCCUCUCCCCUUCUCUUCUGUUCCCUGCUGCCUCCAGCUGCUGCCUCUCCAGGACUGAUUGCAAAUGUGGGGCAGGAUGUCCCUUCGUUUUCGUCAAGUGUCUUUGACGUGGAAAAGGGAGUUGGUCACUUUGGCGCAAAUGGUGGCUAUAAACCAGCCUGCAGCAUCUUUCAUGGAAGUGUUGCCUCAGUGCUGGGGUGGGUUAGACCUGUGUUGAACACAGCAGUUUAUAAUGGAGAAAAGGCUGAAAAAGGAACACGAGGGAAAAGAGGAUUUGAUGUUGUUGUUUAUGUUUUUUUUCUUAUUCAUUUUGUUAUAAAGUGCCUUCAGGACUAGAACAGUGAACAAACAAAUAUGAAUACUGAACAAGUUUUAACAAUCUUAGACUACAGAACAUGCUGUGGUUUCUUACUCUAUGCUUUUACUUUGAAUGCAAGUAUUUCUUAAGAAAAUUAUUAUUGUUGUGCCAUAUCAGUUGUUUUGACUUGAUCAAAGUCUUGACCUUACUUAAGGGAAAAUAAUUUGAGAUUUUAUAUAAGUGCCAGUUCAGCAUGAUGGGCUGAGCAGGAAAACUAUGGGAAGAAUGAGGGAAUCACAUGAAGCAGUGUUAAUUUAUGUAUUCUGCUUUGACACGAGGGCUUUUAAUACAGUAUUCAUAUGUGCUCGAGUCUCUCUUUCAAAGGGGACACGCUACAAAGCAGGCUGCAUAGAUUUUAGUUGGUGUAGCGGCUAAGUGCACAUUUUAAGCAAAGGUCUUGCACAAUUUUUUUCUUUUUUUUCGACCACUUGUAUUUGGUAGUUAUUACCGUUAAAUAGCUUUUUAUUAAACAGAGUUCUUACAAUCAAAAGCACAAAUCAGAUUCAUCAGAUAAGGGAAUAUAGAUCUGGAAGAAAGGUGGUUUUUAAAAUGUGAGAUCAUCAGAAAAGCAGGAAGGCACUUUAAAUGUACUUAAAGUGAUACCAAAACCUGUCUUUUGAGUAUGUAACUCUCACCCCUGUCGUCCUGAAAGAUGGGUGUAAAAAGUGUUGGACUUUCAUCCUAAAUGGAGCUCAGACAGAAACUUCUGUAACUGUUUGAUGCACAGUGUGGGUCAGGAGAUACCCAUUUUCCAUUGGAUUUGGGUCACUUUUGACCCAUGUUGCGCAUCAAAGGGUUAACCAGUUCUGCAGCACUGCUGUCCUUCUGUACGCUCCAUGGGUUCAGUCAUAUUUUACCAUUGUAUAAGUAAGCACUCCUUUUCAGUGUCAGUAUUUUUACAUGAUAAGAUCUGCUCGUUAUUGCUCACUCCAUUAGAGCUCGCUUGCUGGGGUUUCUGAAAAGCCAGUGUGCUGCUUGCAGGAUCAAACUACAACCUUGCUAUACCUUCUUUUUCCUCGUGAUAUUUUAUAUUUUUGUUGUUGGCUAAUGCAAAGAAUGAAAUGAAAACACCAGAACCAAAGAUAUACUAGUCUGUCUGAAUAUUUCCCAACCUUGUAGUGGCACUCCACCACUAAAAUCCAUAAAUACAUCAUUUAAUUUUUUAAAUGGGUGCUGUAAUUUCAUAAAACGGGUGGAUAUUGUAGUAUUUCUGAGACUUUCUAGACCUUGUUUUCGUAUAGCAGACAGUAGAGUAUUAAUUGGAAAAGCACAGAGGGAGAAAUUGGGAGUAUCAUACAAUAAACAUUUCUUGGUUGUACCUUAACCCCUAGAUGAAUACAAUGCCAAUGGGUAAAAAUUGCUUUUAUUGGGGACUUUUCCACAUUGGAUUUGUUGGACUCGUGAGCGUUUAUAGCAGAAGGAAGUUUAUGCAGCUCUAAGAAAAAAGCUUUGGAUAAAUAGGCAAUAUUUGCCUGACGUAUAGAUUAAUUCCUGGUUUUGGUCUUUUCACUUGACACAAAUACAGAAUAUCACCAGACUCCUUUAAAGACAGUGGAGUGAGAGUAUAAUAUUCAAAUGAUUUUGGGUGGAGUAUAACUUUAAGUGGGACUGUGAGGGACAAUCACUGUGUAGUUGAUGGUAGACAAUAGGAUGGUCCGCAUGCUGUUUAGUUUCAGUGUCAAAUCACAGAUCAGUCAUGGUUUUUACACUGCAAACCUCAAAUUUUGUGACGUUCCAUGCGUUGCCUUAACUUGCCAGAAUCAACAUCAAACAUCGGUCAGUGCAUCACUGUUAGAUUUCUUCAACAGUUCAGUAGUGUCUGCCUUUAGCUGUGUGAUUUGCCGUUGAAGGGUUGGGAAUUUUAACUUUGAUCCUUUCGCAGCCUCAUCACUGAGGAGGCCCUCUACUGUAUCAAUAUAAUUGUGCCACUUCAAUUGAGUGAUCUGUAGGUGCAGUGCAACCUAAACUAGCUGAUUGUUUUUUGGUGCCUAAAAGUCUGACUGUAUUUGUGACUAUUUUGCUUUUCAAAUUUUUUUAUCAUGCUGUUGUCAUAAUGAGAAUAGAUUAUGAUUGUAUGUUUGAGGAAAUUAUCCUCACUGUGCAGGUUUUGCUGCAAAUCUUUUUGACAAAUUCCAUCAGUUUUUUAUUUUAUUUUUAUUUUUGGGCUCCUUUCGAGUUCUUUCAUUCUGACAUUAACCAGUCAUCUGGAACAGUGUGGUAGUGUUCCCAUGGAAUUUCUAGCUCUUUACAUCUCUUUGCUCUUUACUCACUUCAUACUUGGUCUUUUCUCUUGAAAGCACUUGUUUCUCUCUUGGACUUGUAUGUGUGUAUGUGUGAGGGAGAUCUAAAGUUUUACUUUGAUUACACCAAAAACCUGCAAAAGCAAGCAACCUGGGCCGCUGUUUAGCUCUUAUGUUGUUGCUGCUGUCUCAUCUGUGGAGGAAUUACAUUUGCGUUGCAUUAUUUGAAAUGGAAAAAUAGAAAAAGACCUGAAAUUUGGAAUCCUGCAAACAUAUCAUCAUCACCUAUUUUAGAAAUUGGUUAACAUUUGGGUUAAAGAAUCUGUUUUUUGAGAAAAUACAGACAGGCAUGGAUGCAGUGAUGACAUGAAAAAGGAGGAAUCAUCUUUAUUUAUGUAGCCGGCUCCAUCUGUAGCAGUAAAAACAUAUUUGUUUACCUCUGCCACGGUGCACUCUGAAGAUGCACAACCAGUGCCUUUUGAAUUUGAAAUAUGUUUAAUUAGUGUAUGUGAGCUGUGAUUAUUUGUAUUAGAUAAUAUAACUGUAGUAGCAUAAAUAUCCUGAAAAUCCAAAGAGGUUUCUGCAGAAGCUGUCACUGUAGAUAGUUACGUGAGACCUGCUUCGUUGGCCAAAAUCAUUGCUUUUAAAAUAUUCUCUCUUAUUGUACUCAUGUAAUGUACAUUCUCACACUUGCCAAACCGAAUGAACCGCAGCAUACAAAGUUACGGAAACAGAUGAGAAUAUCAGUUUUCAGUUGUGAAGGAAAGUUUUUUUUUUUAUUCCACCACAUUUUCCAGGUUACCCUCCUGCCUUACGUUGUUAGAUAAUUCUCUGAUUUUGCAGGCCAUAGCAGGCAGACAGAAACUAGUGGAUUUGAGGUGUAGGUAAAGACUCCACAAGUUGAUUGGAACACCACCUCUCCAGUAGCACACAUCUGUACACACAUAUAAAUAAAACAUGAACGUGAACACUGCUGGCUGUGUGAUCUGUGAUGCAGAAGGGGGAGAAAUGUGUGUCUGUGUGAUCUUGUUUGCAUGUGAGCAAUUUUUUUCUUCGCUGGACACAUUUUUAGUUUGAUUCCACACUGUAUUAUUGUCUGUUUUUUUUUUUCCACUAUCAUGAUUUCUAUAUGUUGAGCAUAUAUUCCUAACAUGCAGGUGAAAAAUCAAAUCACUAAGCUUUUCUCUUUGAAGGUUGCUUGGAUUUUGUCCAUCUCUGACAGCGAAUUGAUAGAUGGUGUGUGUUUGACAUGAUUUGUUUCAGUUUUGACAGAGGCAGCGCAUGUCCUUAGAAGGCAAAUGGAAAAAACGGAGUUCAGUAAGUCCGUUAAGGAUAUGUUUAUGGCAUUCAGUGAUUUUUCUUUUCUUUUUUGUUCUGUUUUGAUUUUAAAGAAGUUUGAUUUUGCUUUGUGAUGGAAAAAUAAGGGAGACACAUAAAGGCACAGAGCGUCAGCACUUGUUAAAAUCACCAUGGAGAAACAGCACUGCCUAAUCACUCAUUUAAAUGGCGACAGCUCUGCGUGUUUUCAUCAUAAUUUGCGAAGAAAUUCGACCCGUAAGUGUUUUUAAUUACACUGGGACAAAACUUCGGCAGUGUUGUUUGAUUUUAAAAAUGUAUUUGUUUUUAUGUUCAUGAAUGAGAUGUAUUAUGUAUGUUUUGUGCACAUUACCCAUGUAUCACUUAUCAACACAUGAUCGUAAUCUGUACACAUUUGCACAAAGCACUCAGUGUUUGUACAUAUGCAGUUAUUUUGUCACAUAUGAUUUUUUUAAAAUACAUGUGCAUGUGUCAGAUUUUGUCAGGAAACAAUGAAAAAGAGACACGUAUUAUCAGAUUGAUUUAAUGUGUCUAUUUGCGUGAGUUAUAUGAUUUUAUUCCUCUUUUUUUCAGUAUGAGAGAAAUAAAUCUCCAAGCAGAAAA